AUGGCGGAGAGUAGCGAACUAUGGGAUGCUGUGCGGAAGCUCCAGGUCCAAAUCAAGUCCUCCAACCGGAAUAUUCAGAUCGCUCAGCGAACUGCAGACAUUAAUGCGGCACGGAUAGAGCAUGCAGACAGGCAAAGGAAUACGACCCAUAAAGAUUUACAUUCAUUCAGCCGCCCUCAAGACGUCAAAGACAGAACUCGAGGAGAAACGCCGUCUCACAGCACCAACACCUCCCCGCCUCCUUAUGACCAACCAUCAACAAGACUCAAUUCUAGCCCCCUUUUCAGCGCUCCACUGUGUCACCCAGAUAUCAUCGGAGUCAUAUCUAACACUGGUGAAGCUUUGCCAGGAGACACAUCAAGCACCGUCUCAAUCAUUCACAAAACUCCAUCCACAUCACCUCCCAGACGGCUCCUUACUCUGCCUAACAUUGCCGAGACCAGCGAGCUCGAGCUCGAUGGUCACACCCACGCAAUGAAUAAUCCUCACCGUCUAUCUAUACACGUUCAUAUGGUGAUCCCCGGCUGGUCCAAAUUGACCUCCGUCCUUUCUUCAACAUAUCUAUUGCUAGUGUCUGGACUCACCAACAAUCUCUCUGUCCGGCCUCACGUCUUAACAGUCCCUCAAUAUCAUGCCUUAUCCAUUUCAAACUUCGCCAUUGGCGUUGCUGCUGCAAUUGCAAUCACUUUUUUAGCUUGGUUAUAUUACGUUCCUGUUGAUACACUUGACAUUGUUCACCCCGAACGUCUCGAGGAGCUGAGGCAGAGGAUGUCGAUGAAUCUUUAG